UGGGUGUUGGCCCAGUCCGAGGCCUUGCAGAUCCUGACAGCCCCUUCCAUCCUCCAGAUCAAGACAGUCAUCGACGAGUGCACCCAGAUCAUCUCCCAGAGCCACAGCCCCAAGCCGCCCACAGCUCCCCCCUCUGUGCCUCUUGCCAUCCCCAGGCCACUGGCUGACAAGCCCCAGGAGCAAACCAAGGAGAGCCCAGGCCUUGUCAGCCUCCCAGCCUCCCGGCCUGGCGAGAUGGAGACUCCGGGCCCUGCCCCUCUGGAACCCCCCAAGCUCCUGGGUGCCUUGGAGGUACGCUACAAGCUCCGCGACCUGCUCUCCCAGCAGAGGCCGCUGGGGGAGCCAAGGGAGAGGGCCGCCUCGGAGGGGGAGUUGGCAGCAGCCGGCAGGGGAGGUGGGAGCGGGGGGGCAGGCAGGAAGGACGGGGUGCAGCUGGACUACCCCGCCGUGGAGGGGCAGGAUUUCUUCAGCGGGCAGGACGUCUUCUCCGAGUCCUUCAUCCCGGCCUGGCAGAGCGAUGAGGCUGGUCAGGGGGCAGCCCGGGAGGGCGAGAAGUUCCACUCCGAUUGCAGCCUGGAGGCCUCCAACAUGAGGACGCUGGCUGGAGAUUUCAAGCCAGCCCCGGCCAGCUUCCCGGCGCCCGAGCCCCGGGGCCUGGCGUUCGUCUCCUCCCUGGGCAUCCAGCAGGAGCUGAAGGUGGAGGUGAGUGCCGCUGGGCCCGGCACCACCACCAGCAACUUUCAGUUCCACCUGCCGCAGCCCGGCGUGGCCCAGAGCUUCUACAGCGGCCAGCAGGAGGCCGGAGCUGCCAACCUGGUGCAGCUCAGCCCCAGCGCCAUGGUGACAGGCUCCCUGCACGGCGAGCAGGCCCAGCGCCCGGGGCCUUCCCGCUGCUCCGAUCCCUAGACCUUCAGCUCCCGCAAGAACUACACCAAGCACAUGUUCAUCCACUCAGGGGAGAAGCCCCACCAGUGCAGCAUCUGCUGGCGCUCCUUCUCGCUGCGAGACUACCUGCUCAAGCACAUGGUGACGCACACAGGCGUGCGGGCCUUCCAGUGCUCCGUCUGCUGCAAGCGCUUCACCCAGAAGAGCUCCCUCAACGUCCACAUGCGCACCCACCGCCCUGAGCGCUUCCAGUGCUGCAUCUGCAACAAGUUCUUCUCCCACCGCACCCUGCUGGAGCGCCACGUGGCCACCCACACCGCCUGGAAAGCCGGCGAGCCCGCUGCCACCGCCACCGCCACGGGCGCCUGGAAGGAGAAACCUGACCCGGGCGAGAGUGCCGGCAUGGCUGCCUGGAAAGGGAACCCAGGUGGGGAAGGCCCCGUGGCAGCCUGGAAGGGGGACUCCGGGGCAGAAGGAGUUCUCCCCACCCCGCCCGCAUGGAAAGGAGACCCGGCUGGAGAGGGCACCAUGUCAACACACUCAGCCUAAGAGAGGAGGCCUGGCUGGGGUGGGCCCAGGAAAAACGAUACCAAAGUGGGCCUGGCUUGCCUGGAAAGGGAAGCCCUAAAGUAACCCCCUUGGCUCAGAGAGACACCAGGGAUAGCAGUGGCUUUCCUAAUGCCCCCCCCCAAGCUGGUACGAUGUGCACUCGGAACAGACUGGCAUGGGGGAAGUCUUGUUCUGAUACCGAGGUGAGUUCUUGGUGUGGGCUCAAUUCCCUUCCAAGCCUCCAUAGGGGCUACAUCACCCAUCGGGAGCAGUCCCCUCAGACCAUGCAUUGUCACGGGUUAAAACCGACCUCAACCCUAGCCAUGACCAAAGCGUGUCCGGCUCCCUGGGGAAGUGCUAGAAAGGAAGUCACCACCACAGAGCCCCUUUUUGAGCAGUUCUUCCUCUCUCUCCCGGGCUUUGGAGGUGACUCGGGGUUCUAGCAACUCCCUGGCUACAGCAUCCCUGGCUUGCCAUCCGCAUGCUCCUGCAGUCACCCACGCGUCGAGCAGUCACCCACGCGUCGACUCACCCUCAGUGCCGCAGAGAGGAACUUCCUGGCGUUUACCUGAAGCUGGCCUGGGGAGAGGCCCAAACUACCCCUUUGGUUAUUAACUCUGAAACUUAACAAAGGCCAUUGAAAUGUUGGCAUUGCUAACUGCAGCACUGCCUGCUAGUUUGAGAAGUAACAUCCAGCUAACCUGUUUGUCCCACAAUGCCAAACGAUUCCCCAGUUCUCAAAUCUCCCCGCUUUCUCUCCCCCAUGACCUCCUAAUAACAUGUAAGACAGGGCAGCACCAUCUGUAUAAAGAGCAACGGUGCACAGAAUGUUGAAGGGCACAGCCAAUAACUAUAAAUAACACACUGAUACGACGCUGAGCUGAUGAAAGAAUCGCCGGCUGCUGGUGAAUCCCUCCUUUUGUCUAACAAUACCGCACCCCUAUGUCACACCGGAGAACACUUACAUGGAAAUCGGAGAGUGGGAGUGGAUGGACAUUUUUUAAACCAAUUUUUUUUCAAUGCAAAUGUAGAUUUUUUUUUUUUUUGGAAGCUCCAAAAAGUUUCACAGAUUUAUCAGUUUUCCCAAAUUGUUUUGAGAAAAAAAUGUUUUUUUAAUCUGAAAAAUAAAGUGUCUCAUUCUGACUUUUUGGGGAGGGGGAGGGAAUUCUUUUGGUUUAUCAAUUUGAAAUUUCCAUGAGUUUUGUUUUUUAAAUACAAGCGUUUUUAAAUGCUCAAAAGAAAACAUAUUUUUUGGUUCAAAAUGAUUUGUUUCCCAGUUUCCUUUUAAAAAAAGGUCUUAUGUUUAAAGAUGCUCAAAAUCAAGCCAAAACAUUUUGAUAUUUGUUUGGAAAUGACUUGAUGUUUAGAAAGAUCCUUCCGUUUUACUUUUUACACUAAUCGUUUUGAAAUACUCAAAACCAAAUGUUUCAACUAAAAUAAUGUUACUUCAAUUUGCUGGAAUUUUUCUUUUCCAUUCAACUUGAAAUUAGGAAUAAAAAAAAAUUGCAAGCCCCUUUCUUUGCCCUGCAAGAUUAAAAGAGUCGCUUACUUCCAA